CUACGCAAUAACUUUCUUUUCAUUUGCUGAGACCUCUCACUACUUCUACAUCCCCUCUUCUAAAACGUGCAUCUCAUGGCGAUCGUCCAUCGCUGGGUAUGGAAGAAAACGAUGAUGAUUUCUUCUCCGACGAUGGCUUCGACGACCUGCCACCGGGUACUCUCUACCAACUCGAACAAAAUGCAUACCGUGCCACACAGGCUCCUGGCCCCUCCCAACAACAGCCCCUGCCUGAUUUGAGGGCUUCUUCUCGUACUUACGGCCACCCCAAGCAUACGACUGUCGCCGAAGACAAUCGUGGGGCCUCGAAUGCCACUUUACAACCUCCGCCGCGCCUACAUACUGGUUUGACCAAUGACUACGACGACUGGGACAUAGGCGAACUUGACGCAGAAGUACUGGACAACGGCGUUGCCAUUCAUACCGAUAAUGCGCUCAAACAAGCCUCUGUCUUCGCUACGCCUGCCCAUCACAAUGACCCCCAAUCUCAUGCCGAAGCCACUGGUGACCUCCAAGCCGAUGCGGAUGACGAGUAUGGAGAUUUGCCCGAUCCCAUGGAAAUUGAGGGAGGAGGGUCCUCUCAAUACGCUGAGCUACAUAGGACUCAUGCCGAACUAAGCGAGAAGCUGGCGAUGGAGAAUGAACGAUAUAACCAGUUAUUAGAGGAGCUCACGGCAGCAAGAUCCAUAGCGGAAACGAAAACUGGAGAGAUCGCGAUCAUUCGAGCCAACCAGGCAAAGGUCACCCAGGACUAUGACCGACAGCUGGCGGCGCUGCGCAAGGCAAUGGCCGAGCAGGCCGCAAGACACAUGGAAGAGGUUGAGGCUGCUCGUGCAGAAGGGAAGAUGCUCGCCACAGAGAACGCAUUCCUCAAACAGGAUCUGGCCGAGGAAGCGAUGCGCAGUCACCAGUUGAAGGCAAAGGCUCAAACGGAGGAUAAAGCGCCACCUGUCACUCCGAAGAAAUCCAGAAUCCUACCGUUUCGAGAUGGCUUUGACGAUGAUGAAAUCCUUGCCAUCUCACCAACAAAGUCGGCGAGGUCGAAACGCGCCACGCCCACCGGGCCUGGAAAGAGGAAGAGAAAGCUCAGCCAGGACAGCCCAACGCCAUUACAGUUGAGUCCACAGGCAGAGCUCCCGCCGGACGACCCACCACCAGAACAAUUGUCUGACGAUGCCAUGAUUGACGUCCCGGAACCGUUUGUCCCAGAGACUAGGAGCUUCGACGCCAGCAUUGUGAAGCGUAUCUUGAAUCACUCCACAAUCCCAGAUGGCCGUCCGGACAUUGAGGUAAUGGCUGGGCUGGCGUUUCCCUCCGACCCUCAGCAGAUGAUAUCUACGCUCCUCAUGGGUGAAAUGGCAAAGCUCGACUUUGGCAACUACAUGGUGGAGUACGGGCGGGCCAUCAUCUCAUUAUGGGGACGUGCGUUGAGCGAGAAAUAUUACAUCCCGAUCCCGAUGUUCAUGUCGAUAAUGGGAUUUUUGAUUUCACUCGAUGUGCAAGCACACGACCCGGAUUUGAUCAAGCACUUAGUACCCAUCUUACAGGAUUCUGGCGAUGUCAACGGCGUGCCCCGCUUUAAGCAUUCGCCUGUGUCCCGACAGAACCUGGGCCAGGUAAGGAAAACACCGUUGUCGCAAUUGGAACCAUUGGUCGAUUCGACCAAGGCAUUGAAUCUUCUAUUCCAAUUGGCCUUUCGACGGAUGCACGUUGAGCGUGAGUUGGCAACGUUCUGGCAAUACAUGCGCUACGACUUUGUCUUGAUGAUGUUGAAUUGCUCGCAGCGACUGCGAGACAUCAGCUUGAUGCUUCGCCUAUUGUCGACUAGUAUUCGAGAUGGCUCGUUCGGGUCGAUCCAGAGCACGGAGCAGGACCAGAUCGCAAACGAAAAUUACAUUGUAGACCGCGUCGCCAACUUGCUAAGCGAGACUCCUCAGCUAGAUGAAGGGCAGAAGCCUUAUCUGCCAUGGGAAGUAUGCGAUAUGCGGCGGGAAGCGUUGUCCUUUUUGACCACGGUGGCGUUCAAUUCGCAAGCACCGGAGAGCACACACGGCAGUAUGAUCCUGGCAUCCCAUCCCACCGUGCUCGCUCGGGUGAUUCGGGCCAUGCACGAUGAGGUGCAUGCGUUAUAUAGCAUGCCGCCGACCAAAGAUCUUCACUCGUCCAUGAUCAAUGGGCUGAUGAGGCUUGUAUAUGGGGUAAUCCAGCGCCACCGUGAUGCGGUGGAUCUACAGGCGAAACUCUGUCGCGUGGCGGGCGGAAAGCAGAAGUUCCUGGUUGUUUUGACGCGACUGGCUUUCAGUGAAGGAUUGUUGCUGGAAGCAGGCAUUACGGAUGAGACCGUGGAAAUGGCGCAUGAGAUCCUCGACGAUGCGGUGAAUCCGCAGGAAGCAGAGGCGCUGUUGGAGGCGUUCCCUAACGCCAAUCGAGAGGGAGAUUGAGCGAGGAAUUUUGAUAGUAAGGACGAAUGUGUGAUAAUGGGUUAUGAUUAAUGAA